UUUUUUUUUCUUUUCUUGACGUCAAGUUGGAAAAGAAAAUCUUUUUUUUUCUCGCCCCUCCCUUCCUCCUCCCAUAUAAAUUACAUAAACAUAAUAAAUUGAUUGAAGAAAAAAGAAAAAAUGCAUCAAGCAUAUCAUAAUAGUUCGUCUGCUGCUUCUAUUCAUCAGACACAAAAAAAAAAGAACAAGAAUCCAUUCACAUUCUUAUUUACGAGACAAAAUAAGAGCACAUCAACAAGUCAGUAUCAUUUAGAUGAUGAAAUACAUAAGAAGCAAGGCAUUUUUGGUGCGCCUCUAUGUGAUGCCUCUAGAGACGGGUCUGAUCUAUGGAACCUAAAAGUACCUGAUCCAGUUGCUUUGUGCUUUAAGGAAAUCAAUCGACGAGAAGGACUCAAGACAGAAGGCAUCUUUCGUUUAUCAGGGGCUACAUCCGAAGUCAUGAUUUUAGAAAACAAGAUCAACCUUUGUUCACCUGAUGAAAGAAAGCGAAUUGAUCCCAGUGAAUUUGAUAUUCAUACACUGACCAGUUUGGUAAAAAAGUAUUUACGAGAAUUACCUGAACCAGUCAUUCCAAACGCUUUUCAUGAACAAUUGCAGCACGCUGACUUGAAGGAUACUCGAGAAAGUAUUCAACAGUUAUCUUCAAUACUUAUCAAAUUACCAUUUUACAACAGACAGUUGAUACAUGCUAUUUUGAUCAUGGCCGCUAAAGUCCAACACCAGGUUCAUUCAAAUAUGAUGUGCCCUGAAGCUUUGGCUACUGUGUUUGCACCUGUUUGUACUGGGUUUGAACAAUCACUCAGAAAAGGAUCCAUUACUCCAUCUGCUUCAUCCUCUGCCUCGACAGCAAUAGGUAUAACGUCCAAUAAGAAAUCACACUCAACUCCAACUCAAACAUUGGGCAAAAAGAAACACAAAAAAGUACAACUACCCUUUGAUCUUAUGGCGUUACAAUUAGAACAAAAACCUACAUUGAUUGAACAACAUAUCAAGAGAAACAAGAGUUGGACCAAUAUUUGGAAAAUCAUGAUUGAACAACAUGAGGCUUUGAUUGAUAUUCUAGACAAGCAAAUGCACCAAGCAAUAGAAAAUCAUCAAAAUAUGGCACAUCAACAAGAAGACUUGACUUGGAAGCAAUACCGUACCUAUUACAACAUCCAACAGAAUCAGGGCAUCAAUCGAUCUUUGCCUUCUCCUUUCUCGACAAAUGGAAGUAUGGUACCUUUACCAAGUGAUAUUAUCAUGGCUCAAUUCCAUCCUAUUCAUUCUUAUCAAGACGAAUCUUCUUCAUUUAUACCUGUUGCUCAACCUUCUACUUAUAAUCAACAACAACAUUAUUAUGCCAGCAAUUUUGAAGACAUUGAUGAAGUUGAUGAUGAUGGAUCAUCAUUGAUUAGUAACAAUCAAGGCAUUCAUCAUUCACUAGCAAAAAAAACGUCGGUUUUUUUUCAAAAGUCAAACACCAUAAGAAAAAUACUUUCAGCAAGCACACUUAGAUAGGACUUAUAUUCUAUGCUUCAUUCCUUCCACAAACCAUUUGGGCUUAUGCAUGUUAUAUUAUGUAUAUGGAUCUAUUAUUAUGCAUGAUUAAGAAAAGUAUAGAGUCAUCCUUUUCCGUUCAUUUUAUGUAUGUAUGUAUGUAUGU